UCAAAUCUGCAGUGGACUCAGCGGUGUACAAAGAAGCUCGCAUGGGAGCUUCCUUGCUCCGUCUGCAUUUCCACGAUUGUUUUGUUAACGGAUGUGAUGCAUCGUUGCUUUUGGACGACACGGCAACCUUUAAAGGAGAGAAAACGUCGGUGGCCAAUGCCAAUUCUCUCAGAGGAUUUGAGGUAAUCGACAAUAUCAAAGCUGAAUUGGAGAGCCUCUGCCCCAACAUGGUCUCCUGUGCUGACAUCCUGGCCGUUGCUGCCAGGGAUUCCAUUGUUGCACUGGGUGGACCCACUUACACAGUGGCAUUGGGCAGAAGAGACUCCACCGCUGCAAACGUGACCGCAACGGAGGACCUCCCCAGCCCCUUCGUCAAUGUGACCAAGCUAAUUGCGGCUUUCUCUAAAAAGGGUUUCACCGUGAAAGAAAUGGUGGCUCUUUCAGGUGCUCACACUAUAGGACAAGCGAGGUGUGCAUUCUUCCGUGGACGGCUUUACAACGACACCGACAUCAACGCUUCGUUUGCAGCAGCUGUGAGAGCAAAGUGCCCAGGCAGUGGUGGCUCAGGCGACAACAAUAUGUCUGAGCUUGACGUCACAACCCCGACCACGUUCGACAGUUCCUACUUCAAGAAUGUGAUGAGCCAGAAGGGGCUGCUGCACUCAGACCAGCAGCUAUACAGUGGUGGGUUCACAAAGACCGCGGUGGAUGCGUAUGCCAAUAAUGCUGCCAGUUUUAUGGAAGACUUUGCCGAAGCGAUGAACAAGAUGGGACGCCUUAGCCCUCUGACGGGCUCCAUUGGUCAAAUUAGAACAAACUGUCGAAAGGUCAACUAGACCUCGUUUUAAGAACUACAGCUUAGCCUUGGCUUGGCUGGUUAGAAAAUAAUAUGCUUUGUUCUAGAAAUAUGGAUAAAUUACACCAAUAGUU